UGACUCAUCCCUGUGUUGGUUUUCAAGAUGGCUGCCUCCAGGAUGUCCUCACUGUUAUUAUUUAUUUUCAUGUUUUUAAGGUUAACUUUGUCUGUGGAUCCUUUAUUUGAUGAGUUGUUGAGUGGUAUUGAAAAGGCCGUUUCAUAUUACCAAACAAGUUACAAAGAAAUGAACCUAGAUGGGAUAUUUGGACUUAGAGUGGUUGAAGGUCAGAUUGCCUUACUGAUUGAUGAAAUAGAUGACCAAAAGCUUAAAAUACAAAAUAAAAAAGUACUUGAGAGACUACGUAAAAUCAAAGCAGAUGCCACCUAUGCCAGUAAGGAAGCUAUACCCUAUCUUGAGAAGGGAGAUGGAGAAUACUACAGAUCAAUGAAAUAUUUAGUGGGAGAACAGUGGAGCAUUUUUCAUAGGCAUCGUAAACUUGAUCCUAACCUGAAAUGGGUUAAAUCUGAUCUUGAGAGAAUAAAAGAGGAGAGAAAGAAGCAGAAUAUAUCAAUAAAAACAAUAGAUGAAGAAAGAAGUGACAAGUGUAUGAAGGAAUUGUUUGGUAGUGACACACAAAAACCAUGUCAAGUUUCAGAUGAGUGCAUGUAUAUGAUCACUGCUAAAGGAUUGAAAGAUUAUCUUCUUACACAUCAACUCCUUUUUACAUUACUUGGAGAGAAGGUGGGAUGUAUAAGUAAAAUCAAUGAAUGGCUUCAUGCUCAUGGAGAACCAAGAGGAAUAAACCAAUUACAGCUAGAGUUUUGCACAAAUAAUUAUUACGAGGUCAAAGAAAGUAUAGAGUUGAUGAAAGGAAAAAUAUGGCCCAUACAGCAAGAUAUUUUCUUGGAAGAAGAGUUUGUCUGCCCUAGCAUGGGCUUCAUCCAGUUUUUACGCAGAGAUUGGCUGCAGCAGAUUCUUACCUGGCAGAAACCUAAUGGGUGUUUUGGUAAAAUGAAGAGAGCUGAGAUGAGGGACAGUAUUGAUGGGCUAGCCAUUGAUGAAUCAAGCUAUGUAUAUGAAAACGAGGCAGCUAUAGACAUGAUAGAAUAUUUAAAGAAGCAAAAGAAACAGAGACAGCAGAAUGGAGACAGCAAUGAGAGAUCAAAAUCUGAAGAAUUUGAUAAAAUUCAGGGUAAUCUAAUACAACCAAAUUCCCAGGCAGAUUCACUUGGAAGCGAAAGAGACAGUCAAAUGCAGGUUCAGUUUCAGCAGCCCGCAGGUGUUAUGAAUAAAAGCAUUCUAAAUCAGCCUUUACAAAAACAGGUUCAAUGGAAUCAACUCAACCAGCAAACACAUUUGUCUAACAGACUGGUUUAUCAGAAUAAAGAGCAGGCUCUGUUCCAACCACCAAAUGAAAAAUAUAUUACCCACAUACCCGCACAGCAGCAACAGAUACCAAAGAAUAGGCAGCAACUGUUUCAAGAAAAUCAAAUGCAACAUCAGCUGAAUAUUGAAAACCAUCAAGAAAAUGCACAUCUACCAUCAAAUCCACUUAUGGGUGCUAGGAGACUAAUGCAGUAUAAUGUUAAAAGUUACCGUUCUCGUAGACUUCUUGUGGAAAAAGAUCUGGCAGGAGGGUGUCUAUCUCACAAAACAGCAGUAGGAACGGCAGCCAUGGUGAUGUACCUUAGAUUCAUGCUGGACCCUGGGCCUCCAGAGUUACAAGAAUAUCACAGAGCCUUGAUUGGAGAUGAACCGGCACAUAGUUCACAUACAACCACAGUUCCUGGAGAAAUGUUCCAAAAAACAAAAUCUACCAAAAAUCUGGAUGAUGCAGAUAUGGAUAUUUUUCACAAUAAAAUGGAUGAUGAUGAUCAUCAUCAAAAGGGAGUCCACCCAAAGCAUGAGAUUCGGGAAGUGUUAAGGGGUAAAGGUCAGGACUAUCUAAUUGAUGGUGAUCAGGAUAAUCCUCAUGAUCAUUUUGAUAGGGAUGAAGAUAAUAUAGAUGAAGGUGAAAACAAUGACAGAGAAGAGGAAGAUGAUGGAAAAUUUGACCAGAAUGAUUUUAUAGCUGAAGAGCCUGAUCAGCAAUAUCACUUGGGUCGAAAGGUCAACCCACUGAAGAGUCAUCACAAUGAAGAUGACAUUUUUGAUGACAAAAAUUUAGAUCCACUAGAUGAAGGUUUAGCUAGCUCAAAGAAAACCACACAUCUUGCUCACGAAAUGCAAGGGUCAUUGGCUCUUCCAUGGAGAAAUCUAUACAUUGUUAUGGUUGUUGCAGCAGUGAUGCUGUUUUUUAUGUUCAGAUUUAUAAAGAAAAGAAGAAUUUCAAUAAGAUACAGGCACAGAUAAACCAGUACUAUCUUUCUGGGGGAAACUGCACGGGUUAAAAUUUGCACAUUCAGAGAUUAUAUAAAGGUCACAUAAUAAUUAGAGAUUAUUAUUCCAGGGUCAAGGGCAUAAGUUGUUUGUAGUUUAUUAAUUCAGAGUAACCUAUUAAAAGUGCAAUAUGAAAUUACUAAAGGGUCAGCUGAAUACCACUACAAAUGGCAGCACUAAAAAUGUCUCUUUUUUUUAGAUGCAAGAAUUGAAUCAGUUGUUUCAUUGCAGUUUAUGUAAUGUUUUGAUAUUGAAUUUUGCAGAUGGCAAAUCAAAAUUUAUAAUAUUAAAUUAAAUUUUUUUGUUUUGGUGAUAUUUCAUUUUUAUACUGUACUAAAAAAAAAAGAAUGUGAGAAUGUGAAAGUUGCUUAUUUGUUUAUUUGAAGAUACAGUGGUAAAGAGUGGAUUGUUUAACCAAGUGUCUAAGGUUAAAGCAGAGGGCCCUAUAUUUGGAUUGAGUGUUAUGCAUACAGCAUUAGCAUUCAAGAGUCCUUGCAUUUAAAUAAUAAUAAUAAUACAGAGAUAAAAUAAAUGGAUAAUUUUUAAGCAUUUAAUUGGAGGUCCUGUAUUUCCAUUAAAACACUGCCGUGUCCCACCUCCUCUGUGCUUUGAGGCUACAGAAUGUUGUUUUAUACAGUUUUGCCAUGCAUUUUUUCUAAAUGUGGCAUCUUUUCAAAAAUUCAAGUAGUUGCAUGUUUCCAAGUAAACAUUUUGUAUUUUAACACAUUUUAUACAAAAUUUCAGUUUUUGGCAUAGUUUCAGUUGUUACUACAUUUACACAAAAUGUCAUUUUUUACUGGGAACUCGAGUAUUGAAGUGUGAAGACAUAUGAUGGAAUGAAUGUAGUGUCCUGUGUGUUUCAAAUAUAAGUUAUGGGAUGAAUUUAUAGUAUGUACAAUCCACUGUCAUGCAAUAGAAUGUCAAAAGACCUUUUUAAGGCUUUUCUUUUUAUCAAGUUUUAAGUGAAUGUUUCUGGUUAUGUUUUGUAUGUAUUUUAAUUCCAUUAUAUAUGCUACAUUUUAGAAGUUUAAAAGAAAGCAAUUUAGGUGUGUCAGUUGAUGAAGUAGUACCCAGAGUUUCAGACUUUACAGAAAACUUAGUGUUCUACUAAUGUUAAGACAGUGUACUCUGAAACUGUGGGUGUGAACAAGACAAUCUGGUUGUAAACAACAAGUCUGCUUCUUGGUUGUGAUCUAACAAUGGACUCCCUUUAAGAAGUUGCUAGUAUAAUGUACCUUGUUUCAUUACAAAAAGGAAGAAAUAUAUAUAGUUUUGUAUGAGUAUGUUAAGCACAAAUUGUUUUUAAAUCAUUGUGCUGUUCUUGGAAAUAUUAGAGAACACAAGAAGAUUUUUGCUGAAUUACUUCCCAGCUUUUUAAUGGCUUUUUGCUUUUUAAUGGUUCGUUUUGAAUUCUUUAUUUUGUUAA